UAGUUCUGAAUACUAUCAGAAUGCACUGUAGGCCUACAAACUAAGCAUUCAUAAAAUGUAUGAUUCAAUAUAUAUAUGUAUACAUCAUGGGGUAAAAGAGACAUUAUUUGCACUAAAUUAUAUUCUAUCAAUUAUUUAACCGGUAUGUAAGAUAAUGCUUAUAUUUAUGCGUAAAGAUGCCUGCCCUUAUUCACAAGGCAUUUGUAAAUAGGAGGAGAUUGAAUUAUUGCAAUAAUGAGUCUAAUGAGAUGAAAGAUAGUAAAUAAUUAAGUAUACAAAUACGACUACUACAGAGACCACACCUGAUGGCACAGUGCAGCUUAUGAGACAUGCCAACUAUUGACCCACAGUCUUUUAUUCUGUAGCCUAAACAAGUAUUAUAUUAUAGGCCUAUAAUAUAUAUGUAAAAACUUGUAUUCAUUUCAAUUAAUGCAUAGCCUAUGUAUUAACUACAGCCUACUGUAAUAAACCCCUUACAAUUAAAUGACACUCUUUACCCCUUUGUCAUGUGAAAAGUGAAAAACACAUUUGCACCACAUUUAACUUUGUUUUUAUAAACAUCAAAAUAGCAUAUUUAGUCAAUUAUUCUAAUGAGUGCUUUGGAUAGGAUGGAUCCUGUACAGUGUAAGAAUGUGCCAUGUAACCUGUAUGAUUAUAGGGCCUUUAGAGAACUUUAAUCACAUUUCCCUAUAAACCCCAUGCUGUGUUAUAGUGAAUCAAAUCACCUGCCUAGCCUAACAAUGAAGUAAACCUAAACAUAAAAUCGAUGGGGGUGUACUAGAAUAGAAUAAAACAUAUACUUUAAAAUGGGCUAUUGAAAUGUUUUAUCAUUUCUUUUGGGGGGGAAUGGAUAUGACAAAAUAAAGAAAAAUAAUGACUUGAGACUGUGUGGGAAGACAAGGGAGGGGCUUAUAAAGUAUCAACUUGAAUGUUUUAGCUGUUGAGGCGUGCACCAAUGCAAACCCUCACUAAACUAAAGGCAAACCUUAAGUUACUUUCAUACAACCACUGUUUAUCAGCUUAUCCGCACUUACAUACGGAGCUCCGACGUUCGAUGUAAAACGUAGUUCCUUCGUUAGAAUCAGACUGUUGAUUCAACGUGUUGGAUAGCUGGGUUUCAAAUCCUUCGUUUUCUCCCUUAGGAGUGUGGUUUUAACCCACGUAAGAGGGAAAGAAAGGACAAGAGAGCGAAAGGAGACGAAAAAGGCUAUCUGAAACAUGAUCUCCAUGUUGUGUCUCAUGCUGUUUGUUCCACGUGUGUUCUCCUCAUCGACACAGGUAGCUGUAAUCUUCCCCCAAGACCCAGCAUUGUGGAUGGGCUCCAGCCUGACGGCCACGUGCACAGUGAGCCCCGAGCGGGGGCUGCAUGCCAACACUAUGUACUGGACCCUUAACGGGAAGAGACUCCCAAGUAGCACCUACGGCCUGCUGAGCACCAACGGCCUCAGUGUCACCCUCCACCGCCUCAAUGGCUCCCAGCAGCAGUCUGGGGACAACCUGGUGUGUCACAGCAGAGACGGACAUGUCCUGGCUGGCUCCUGUCUGUACGUGGGCAUGCCCCCGGAGAAGCCGGUCAACCUAACCUGCUGGUCCCGAAAUACAAAGGACCUGAGCUGCAAGUGGACCCCCGGUGGUCGGGGUGAAACCUUCAUCAAAACCAAAUACACCCUCAAGUACAAAUUGAGGUGGUACGGGCAAGAGAGAGAAUGUGAGGACUACAGCACGGGGCAACGCUACACAUGUUACAUCCCCCGGGACUUGGCCCUCUUUACUCCCUACGAGAUCUGGGUGGAGGCGUCCAAUCAGCUGGGGACUGCCACCUCUGAUGUCAUCACUCUGGAUAUUCUGGAUGUGGUGACUACAGACCCUCCAGACAACGUCCAUGUGAGUCGUGUGGGGGAGCUUGAGGACCAGCUGACAGUGCGUUGGGGCAGCCCCCCGGCACUUAAAGACUUCCUCUUCCAGGCCAAAUACCAGAUACGCUACCGACUGGAAGACAGCGCUGAAUGGAAGUUGGUGGAUGAUGUAGGUAACCAGACAUCGUGCCGCCUAGCAGGGCUAAGGGAAGGGACAGUAUACUUUGUCCAGGUGAGGUGUAACCCAGUGGGGAUAUACGGCUCCAGGAAGGCUGGGAUCUGGAGUGACUGGAGCCACCCUACAGCUGCCUCCACACCCCACAGUGAGCCGCUGCAGAGUGGGUCAUGUGAUCCCAAGUCGGGCGAGCAGAACUCCACCCUGCGACGGGAGCUCAAGCAGUUCUUUGGCUGGGUCCGCAAACACGCAUGCGGCUGCAGCGGCAUGUCAAUCAAACUCUACGACCAGUGGCGGGUGUGGCUGCAGAAAUCGCAUAAAACGCGCAACCAUGUAGAUUCUACAAGGCGAUAAAUCCUAACACAUGCUAAACAUCAUUGAAGUAUUUAAACAACAUUCACAACAGCAACUGAGAAACUGUCUUAGAAGGCCACUUUGAGGCCUGUGGGUGAAAGCCAUCCAACACUCUGGAUAUUCCAGCAUUUGGUCACACACACCAACUUUUUUUUGUAGGAAUCCAUAUGGAACAGAAAAAGAACUGAUGCGAGACGCCAGCGUUACACUACUGUCUGCAGCCCAGGAUUCAAAUAGAGAGGAAUCGCUCUUUGCUCAGAUACAAAUACCUAUCUCGAAGAACUGCUCGACCCCCUCCUCUCCACACACACUCUCUCUUACACACACAUCUCCGGGGAGUGGCAAAGAGGAGAGCCUUUCUCUGAUCACUGAGUGGGAGCAUGGAAAAGUUUCUUAAUGUAGCAUUAGUACAUGUUUGACUCAGAUGGCCAUAAAUCAUCUUACUGACUACCAUCAGAUCAGACACGUAGUGGCCAGCUUCACAGGCUUUUACCAGAGUGACAAGGGCAUUACGUAAUCCUCCUGGAAUGUCAUAUACAGUACAAAGAACUUCACUAAUUCAGCUCCUGUUCAGGAAACUCAAUCACAGAACAUUUGUCAGAAUUCUAGAAGAUGAAUGUACUUUCAAAUUGUAUUUCCAUUCUAACCACUUUAAUAGCCACACAGUUGUCUAAGCUAUGUGUCAAUGCAAUUUAAUUGUAUGGGCCUUUUACUGGCAAAAACAUGGUUGGUAUGCUAGCAAAUGCUAACACACCAUUUUGUAGAUUAGCUUUGUUGCAGUAAUAGCAAUUGAACUUGAUAUAUUUUUGGAUUGAAGUCAGGUUUGUGGGUCACCAUGACCAAAGCCCAUUCUGCAGUUUGUUGUUAAUAUGGAAGUGUUCUCUUGUCCUGAGGGUUUGCACCACUCUGGAUUCCUCUUAUUGAAAUUAAGUGGCAUAAAGUUUAACUGUAUAUACUGUGUCUGUGUGACUGUGCGGAUUAAGACAUUUUUAUAUUUUUUUAUCUGCAUAUUUAAGAGAUCCUAAGUAAUAUGUCUCUCAUUAAGUUAUGUUCAAAUAUCAAUAAUAAUUAUGAAUAUGUCAAAUAGUUUGACAGUUGUCUAUAAAACAAUAAAAGAAUGACACUUGU